AUGCUAAAAAGCAAUCGACUUGACAACCGUGCCGAUGAUACGGUCUAUGUCUACCUUGCUACCGGUACAUACUCGUUUGAUACCGCUCUGGCCCUCCCGUCGUAUACCUUUGUUCAAGGUGGUUACGAGCCUGCGGCCUGGUCGAGGACAAACAACCCAGACACGACUGUCCUCUUCCGAUCAUCUCUCAAUGUCGAUGGCAACGCCUCCUACCCUUACAUCGCCGGUCUCAUCGCUACGGAUGCUUCUCACUUUGAGCUGCAUACUUUGCGGCUUCAAGUCGCAGACGCUCCUGCUUCUUCGGCUGCUGGUGUCACCAUCUACGGCAUCCGUCUCGAGGCCUGCUCUGACUACACCUUUACUCGGGUCCGCGUCGUCACCGGUGCCGCCUCCUCUGGCGCUCCGGGCACCGCAGGCGCCCCUGGCCUGCCCGGUUUGCCCGGUCUCUCCGGCGGCAACGGGACGAAGGAGCUCGAGAACGCACCGGGCCUUGGCGGGACCGGCGGCGCCGGUGCCGGCGUCUACGGCGGGACCGCCGGCGUCAACUCGACCGCCGGCUCGAUGCAGCUCGGCACCAACAUGACUCAAGACGGCAUGGGCGGUGGCGGCGGCGGCUCAGGCGGACCCGCCGGAUGGCAUGGUGCCGAUGGCGGUGCCUCACCUCUCGGCGGACCGGGAGGCGUCGGCGGCACGGCAGGCCCGCCGGGCGGCACAGGCGGUGUCGCCGUCGACGGCGUCUCGGGCGCCGCCGGCGACGAGGGAGGCGUCUCAGCUCAGCUUCCCAUCCACGCUGCAGGAUUUUACUUUCCCGGCGGCCGCGGCGCAAACGGCACCGCCGGCUACGGCGGCGAGGGCGGUUCUGGCGGCGGUGGCGGCGGCGGCUUCCGCUCCACCAACAUCACCGUCUUUGGUGCCGGCUCCGGCGGUGGCGGCGGCGGCGGCGGCGGUCAAGGCGGCUAUCCGGGAACAGGUGGCUUCUCCGGCGGCGGCAACUUUGCCGUCUAUGUCUUCAACAACGGCGCCAACGGCGUCUUCCGCAUGUGCUCGCUCGAGGCCGGUCCUGGUGGCACCGGCGGCGUCGGCGGCCCUGGCGGCGCCGGCGGCGCUGGUGGCGACGGCGGCAUUGGUGGCGUCUUCACCGGCGAUGCCACCGUCCAGUACGUCACUGUUGCAAACUGCACCCACUGGGAACCAGUCUUUACCUGCGCCAACGGCACCUACGUCCAUGACUGUCCCUACGCCUCAUGCUGCCCGCGCGAUGCCAACCCGCAGCCGGUCUGCGUUGGCGGCACGCCCGAGGCCCUCUGCCACGGCGCAACCUGGGACUACAACGCCACAUGCGCCGGCGCGGCUGACUGCUGCCUCGGCAACACCACCGAAGCUUGCUGCUCAAAUGGGACCUACGAGCUGGCGUGCACCAACGGCACUUGGUCGACUCCACAAGACGCGUGCUGCUACGGCAACGACACCGCGACCGCCGCAUGCUGCACAGGUACCUACGGCCUCAACUGCUCCUCCGGCGCGUUCGAGUACAACGCCACGUGCGCCGGCACUGAAGGCUGCUGCCUCGGCAACGCCACCGCCGCUUGCUGCGCAGGCACUCUCGAGCCGUACUGCUCCACAGGUGUCUUUCUCGAUGACUGCGCCGCGCCGCGCCCGUGCUGCUCAGGCAACGCCACCGCCGAAUGCUGCAACGGGACAUACGCCAUCGCCGGCUACACCUGCGCUUCCUGGCUCAACACUACCUUUGUGCCCGAAGAGACCGUUGAAGUGUGCGUCAACAACAACGCCACGGCCUCCUGCUCUGGAAACAUCGUGCCUGAACAGUGUGGCGGCCUCUACUUUCUCGGCAGGUGCACCUCGGGCUACGUCCCCUCUUACUGCAACGGCUCCGUCGUCAUUACAUGCAACGAAGGCGUCGAGUACGUCACCGCAAACUCGACGUUCCUCGACGUCGUCGGCGCUGGCGCCGAUGGUGGAGCUGGCGGGGCCGGCGGGACCGGCGGACCCGGCGGCGCUGGUCUGCCUGGCGAUGUCGCCAACGUUUACAUCGAAGCCUCGGCUGCCGACCCGGUCAUCACCGACUUUCUCGACGAUGCCACCCCGCUCCUCACCAUUGCCCGCGACUGCUUUGUUGGCACCGUCUACCUCUCCCAGUCUAACAUCUCGGCCAGCGCCGUCAACACCACAGCGGGCGAGAUCCUCUGGUCGGUUCCCGGCGCCGCCGCCACAUACUUUGACGAUGCCGAGGCGUACCCGGACGCCAUUGUCCGGCUCCCGGUCGGUACCGAGGCCGUCUACGACAUCAACCUCGGCUCUUUCCAUUACCCGAGCGAGCUGGUGGUCGGCCCGCUCGCCACCGCCAUUGUCGUCGACGGCGCCUCGUCCUUUGACGGCGCCACGCUCAACACCACCGCUUGCAUCACCAUGUCGCUCCGCGUGAGCACCAACGUCGCUUCGUCCUCGUAUGCCUGGACUGUCACCGGCCCGGCAACAGUCACUUCGGCGCUCACCGGCGCGCCAUACGUUGAGUUUGUCGCCGCUGCCCUCGGUCACAUCGAAGUCUCGCUCCAAGUCGCUGCCUGCCCCAACUCGGCCGUGCAUGGCAUUUCUGUCCUCGCGCUCGACGAGUGUGAUCCCAUCUGCAACGCGCCGGCCUGCUCAAUUGAGCACGGCGCAUGCGUCGCGCCAAACACCUGCGCCUGCGACAUUGGAUACGACGGCGCCGACUGCUCCGCCCUCAUUGCUGACUACUGUCCGCUGCUAGCCACCCCGGACGGCGGCACCUUUGGUGGAGCCUGCACCACCUCCAUCGGCGGCAGCUGCGGCCCAUUCCAAUGCGAUGUCGGCCGCAAACAGAUCGGCUUUGCCGUCGACGACUACGUCGUCAACGUCACAUGCAAGGCACACAAUGCUACCCAUGGCAAGUGGUCGCAAGACAUUGUCUGCCCCGUCGACGAGUCGUUUUGCCCCUACCUGGCUCCUGCCGAAGGCGGCACCUUUGCCUCCUUCUCGCGCCGCCUCGGCCAGGUCCUCGACAUGACUUGCCGUGAUGGCUACCACUCGCUCGGCGUCCAGUCCACGGCAUGCGUCCAAGGCGCAAGCCGCGCUUUGGGCGUGUGGAGCAAUGCCUCGCUAGUCGACUGCACGCCGCGCGACGGAUACUGCACGCCGCUGCCUCCGCCGCAAUUUGGCAACCUCAACGAGUGCGGCCAUCGCGUCGACGACACCUGCGGUGUCUUUUACUGCGACGUCGGCUACGAGCUCGACGGCCCGACCUCGCGUACAUGCACUGCUUUCAACGAGACCGUCGGCCUGUGGUCCGGAAACGCCUCACGCUGCACCAACAUCGAGUGCGAGCAGCUCGUUGCCCCGGUCAACGGCAGGCUCCUCAGCUGCCCGUCGCGUACCUACCGUGACGUCUGCUCCUACGACUGCGACGACGGCUUCAUCCUUGUUGGCGACAUCACCCGCACCUGCCUGGCCUCGGGCUCGUGGUCGUCAACGCCGGCCAUCUGCGCCAUCUCCACCGAGUACUGCCCCGACCUCGAGGCCGACCCCCACGGUACGCUUGGCGCCUGCAACCGCUCCAUCGCCGGUCAGUGUGGCGUCUUUGGCUGCAACACCGGGUACUAUCUGGUUGGUUCGCCAACGCUCUCGUGUCUCCAAGGCUCGGCCACCGCAGGUAACUGGUCCGCGCCGACUCCGGUUUGUAAGCCGCUCCCCAACUGGUGCCCUGCGCUCGCCGCGCCGGCCAACGGCGACCUCCAGCCGCCGACCGGUUGUGUUCCUGAAGUCGACCGCAUCUGUGCGUCGUUCUCCUGCAACUCGGGCUAUGACAUUAUCGGCGCAACGUCGCGAACGUGCCUGGUGACCGGCAACUGGACAGGCAGUCAUCCGGUGUGCGUGGCCCAGGACUGUGGGCCGCUCAUCCCGCCGGUCGCUGGCUAUCUUGUCGACGGCUGCACCAACACCACCUUCCCCAGCGUCUGCCACUACGGCUGCAACCAGUACUACUCGCUUAUCGGCGACGCGUCGCGGACUUGCCAGCCUGGCCCAGUCUGGUCGCUCCUGCCGCCAACCUGCCAAGACGUCACCCGCCCGUUCAUCGACGCCACCAUCCCACUGGCCAACGCUGUGGACGUCGCGGUCGAGUCCAACGUCACCGUCGUCUUUUCUGAGCCUAUGAACGCCUCGAGUGUCGAGGCCGCCUUUUCGCUCUCUGCCGGCAUCGUGGCUUCGUUCCCGGGUUCUUUCACCUGGAUCACCCCGCGGCUUGUCGUGUUUGACCCUGCACAGCCGCUCGCCGAGAAGACCUCGUUUGUUGUCACCGUCUCGACCCACGCCCGCGACGCCACUGGUGGCCUUGCCUUUGCCAACGUCGGCUCGUUUGCUUUCAAGACCAUCGACCUCACUCCGCCGCAGGUCUCGUUCACCAUCCCUACCCGGGCUAAGCAGGGGGUGCCGGUCGGUGACGACAUUGAGAUCGCGUUCAACGAGGCCAUCGACCCGAGCUCGGUCACUCUCGGCAGCAGCCUCAUUGUCGAGGACGAGGCCAGCGUCGGCGUCGGCGGCUAUCUCACUUGGUCCGCCGGCAACACCCGCGUGGCCCUCACCCCCACGUCGAACCUCACCUUUGCGCAUCGCUACGACAUCAGCCUCUUGACCACCAUCCGCGACGUUUCAGGCAACUUUAUGGCUGCCCCCUUUGCCUCGCACUUUUUCACCGUCGACAACGGACCGCCAUCGGUCAUCAACAUGUCUCCGCCGAACGGUGCACCAGCAGUCUCGCUCGCGGCCUCGAUCCUGAUCACCUUCUCCGAGCCCAUGUCGCUCUCAAAGACCGAGAACGCGGUCUCUGUCAAGCUCGACGGCGUGACUCCGGUCUCCGGCUCGGCCUUUUGGCUCUCGCUCUCGGUCCUCCAGUGGACUCCAUCGGGUUUGGUCGCCGACCGCGACUACACCAUCACCAUCUCAGCUGACGCCCAAGACGAGUCGUCGUACCCUCUCUCGCCGACCUGGGCCUCCUCCUUCCACACCAUCGACAACAUCCCACCAGUCAUGCAGUGGCACCUGCCAGUCGACGACGCCGGCCCGCUCUCCAUCUCUUCCACCGUGGUCACGCUCGCCUUUAACGAGCCGAUGAACACCACCACGUUCCCGCCCGCCUUCUCGCUCUCCGACGCGGAUGCACGUGUCGUUCCGGGCUCCUUUGCCUGGACCGGAAACAACUCGGUCGUUACCUUUACGCCCUCGGCGCUUCUUGCCCAGAAGACUACCCACUAUGUUGCUGUCUCGGCAGGCGCCCACGAUGUUUCGGGCAACUCGCUCGCGCCGUCGUUCUUCCAGUUUACCACCGAGGACAUCGACGGCCCCGUCGUUGUCAGCGUCGCCCCAGCCAACGCUUCUGCAAACGUUGCGGUCACGACUCUGCUCGUCGUCACCUUUGACGAGGCUCUCAACGUGAGCUCCGCGAGCGAUGCCGCCACGCUUGCCUGUCGCGAUGUGGGGGGUGAUGGGCCGUGGACCCCUCUGCCGCACAUCGCUGCCUUUUCGCUCGGUGGUGCGCGGUUAGGCAUCCGCCCGGCCGCAGGCAGGCCGCUGGUCAACGAGACUCUGUGUCGGCUGGUUUUCGUGCGAGCUGCACUCACCGAUGCUAUCGGCAACGCCAUGGCGCCUGGUCCCGACCUGGUCUUUACAUGGGAGACGCAGGACAUUACCGCGCCGACCGUGAUUUCGAUGACUCCAGCCGACGCCGCCAUUUCAAUCCCGGUCACCGCAAACGUCAGUAUUGUCUUCUCGGAGCGCAUGGACGUGGCGUCGGCCGACUCGGCGCUGACGGUGGCGCGAAUCGACGGUUCAUCGUUUGUGCCCAUCAGCGGCUCCAGCGCUUGGUCAAGCGAUCUCACGCGGCUCACAUGGGUGCCAGAUGCGCCGCUCUCCGACGACGCCUCUUACCGGACGACGGUGGCGGGCGGGACGGCCAAGGACGUGGUGCUCAACUCGCUCGCUGCCACUGCUGUUGCCACCUUCCGCACGGUCGAUCUCACGCCUCCCACCGUUGUCUCGGUCUCGCUGGCCGACGGCACCAUUGGUGUGAUGAUCGAGGAGCUCGAGCCGGCUUCGGCGUCGGGUACCUUUGUGUGGUCAGACGUCAACCGAGUGCUCACCUACACACCAGGUGGCGACCACGGACUGCGCAAUCUAACGCGACACUGCUUGCAAGUGACCGGCGAGGCAACCGACGUGUCGCUCAAUCGGCUCCUGGGCUCGCCGCCGGUCGACGUCUGCUUUAUCACGCUUGACGUGACCGCGCCACGAGUGACGAGCGUGGCACCGCCAGACACGGCCGAGCUGGUCCAUCCCACCACUGCGAUCACACUCGCGUUCAACGAAGCGAUGGAGACAAGCUCGGUUGCGGCUGCGCUCUUGGUCUCAUACCUGCCGUCGGGUGGUGGGCCGCGGGUGACUCUUCCUGGCACGCUCACCUGGGCCUCACUCGCCAACGUAUCGGCUACGUUUGUGCCUGCUACUGUACUGCCGAACCUUGAGGUCAUUGACAUUGCCCUCGAUGCGACAACGGCUGUCAACUCGGCGGGCAUUCCGCUGGAGACCAACUUUGCGGCGGCGUUCACUACAUUGCGCGCAGUGCCGACGCUGGGCGCCGUGGCACCGACCGGCGUCGUCGCCGGCUCGGUGGUGACGGUGACCGGAACCGGCUUUCUAGGCGCAACCUGCGCUGAUUUGCAUGUCCGUGGCGAGGCGCUUGCCGGGACCGCCACCGUGGUCCGCGGCUCGCCGAACGACGAGAUUCGUGGGUGCACAGUGGCACCCGGCCUGGCUGCGGAAGCAGGUCUGGAGCUCACGCUCACGCUCGACUCGCUUGCUGCGCCAGCCAACCUCACGCUCGACGUCUACUCGGAUGUGGUGGCGGUGAGCCCGAGCUCCGGCCCGCCUGGUGCUGCCAUCAUGGUCACCGGCAGCGGCUUUCAUAACGUUGCCUCGUGUGCCGCGGUCACCGUUGACGGCGUACCUGCGAGCGGAAGUCCGUCCGUUCUUGUGGGCGGGACUCGCUUGGACGGAUGUACCGUGCCGAUGAGCCUUGGCGUAGGAACGGUCGGCCGCGUGAGCGUGUCGGCCGGAUCGCUGGACGCUGCAGCUCGGGCUGGAGCGGUUGUUCCGAGCUUUACGGUAGUUCCCCAGCUGGUGAGCAUGUCGCCAGACACCGGCGACCAGAACACGAUAUUCAAUGUGACCGGCAGCGGGCUGGCUGGCGCAGACUGCUCCUCGGUUCUCAUCGACGGAGUGGCGGCGAGCGGGACACCAUCCGCAGCAAGCGGUUCGCUGCUCGCAGGCUGUGCCGUCCCGCAAGGGCUAACCAGCACACGCGUCGGCGCAGUCGCAGUGGCGUUUAACGCUGUGACCUCGGGUACAGGUGCAGGAGUUACUUUCACGUACGAACCGAUGGUGGUGUCUGUGACCCCUGCAGCCGGGAUGACCGGACAGGCGUUUACGCUCGUGGGCGCUUCGCUGGGUGGCAUCACGUGUGGUGACAUUGUGUUUGGUGCAGUGGCAGCGAGCGGCGGGCCAGCGAGCGUGAGCGCAGCAGGAGCGGGGCUCUUUGCGGUCACCGGAUGCAGCGUACCGUCUGCGGUGGUGGGAACGGUUGCCGACGUCCGAGUGACGCUCGACGGCUUGAGCUCUGCCACCGGUAGCGUCUCGUUUGUAUACGCGGCGACGAUUUCGCGAAUUGCGCCGACCUCGGGCCCGGUCGGCACGGCGGUGAGCAUUAUCGGCUACUUUGGCACUGGUCUGCCGCUCAACUCGAUCUCGCUCGGCGGCCUGCUGUGCUCGGGCGCGGGUGUGGCGCAAUCUGGUGCCACGGUCUUGCUUGGGUGCGUGGCGCCAAGCGCUGGAUCCGGGAGCGUGGCUGCGGUCUCGGCGGUGGUCGGCAACGUAGCGGCGGUGGUUGACGGGCCGGCAGCGGACGUGUCGUUCAAGUACGUGCCCGCGGUGACGAGCGUGAUGCCCAGCAGUGCGGCGGCCGGCACGGCUGUCGACAUUGUGGGCAUCGGGUUUGGUCCGGAUGCGGUCGUCGACCUCGACGGGCUCAGCUGCAACUCGAGCGUGGUUGUCACUUUUACCCGUAUCUCCGGCUGCGUGGUUCCAGCGCUUUCGUUUGCAUCUGGGCGUGUGGUGAGUGCGAGAGUGACCAGCGGCGGCGAGGCUGCGAGCGGGGCGCUGACCAUCCUGCCGGGCCUGGUCUCGAUUAGUCCGAAACUGGGGCCAACCGGGACUGCGGUGACGUUGACUGGGACCGGGCUGGCCGGCACCGGGCUGAGUGUCUCUAUUGGCGGGUAUCCGUGCGCAGUGAGCUCGGCUGGGCUGGACAACAGCUACGGUAUCCUCACGGGAUGCACCAUGCCGCUCGGGCCGAACACGGGCACAUCGCAGGUGGUACAGGUGACAGUCAACGGGGUGACAAGCGUUGAGACAAGCGUCACGUUCUUCUACGUCGACAUUCCGGCGCUUCUCGACUCGGUGCCGCAGUCUGGUCCGCAGGCCGGUGGUACCAACGUGUACAUCUUUGCCUCGCCUCCGUUUGUCUUUCUGGACUCGCCGGCACUUGGCAUCAAGUUUGAGAGCGUGGCGGCGAGCCGCAGUGUGGUUGACCGAGCGGCAUCGCGGGCAGGCGGGCUGGUCGACCUCAGACGGAGCAGCAUCACCUUUGUCUCCGAGUCCAUUCUCCAGUUUACGCUGCCUGCGUUCCCGACGACGCGGGCUGUAACGCUCUCUGUCACCAACGACGGGUUCAACUAUGCGCCGCCGCUGAUGUUUACCUACUUUUCGACGCCUGUGCAGCUUGUGCUUGUCCGCCCGCUUCCGAGUGCGUACGACAAUGCCGGUGCACUGGAGGCUUUGCUGCAGCCUGCGAUCGGUGUUGGCGAUGCAAGUGGGGCAAUUGUGGUCAAUGACGCAUCAGUGCAGGUCCCGAUCAUGCUGCAAGUCGUGCGAGAGGCCGACAGCGAGCUGGUGACGCUCACGACGGGAACGAGUGCGACGACCGAGGCCGAUGGCGUGGCCACGUUUUACGACUUUUCAUUUGUGGGCCUCCGCAACGAGAGUUACCGAUUCGAGUUUACGACGGCUGCCGGCUUUGCGCCGCUGGUGGUGAGCGGUGUGCGAGUCAUGAGCUGCGGCGAGUCGCGCAACUACUCUGUGGCCAUGGACAAUCGAGUUGACUGCCAGUGCGGGCUCGGGUACGAGGUUGCGAGUGUGGCGGGCGAAGUCAAGUGCCAGCCGUGCUCAAGCCGCGGGUACAAGGACUUUGUCGGCGACGGCGGGUGCCUCGAGUGCCCGAUCAACAAGUUCACGACUGCUGGGGCGCGCGGAGCGCGGUCAGACUGCCAUUGCGGCGAUGGGUGGUACCUGCCGUCGAGCGAGCCUGCUGGAUGUGCCGACUGUGUGUGUCGGCGUUGUGUGCGUGGCGGUAACUGUACGUCGGGCGCGAUUGUGCCACUGGCUGGCUUCUGGCGGGCGUCGCGGUCGCAAAACGAUGUGAUUCUCGAGUGCGACGAGGUGGAUGCGUGCGUGGGUGGGGCAUCGGAGGCGUGUGCGGCCGAGUACACUGGUCCGCUUUGCGGAGUGUGCCGUGACAGUUAUGCCAAGUUUGGUGACAACUGCCUGCGAUGUCCGAGUGUGAUGGAGAACAUGGCGAUUCUUGUGGCGAUUGCCAUUGUCUUUAUCGGCUUUAUCCUCUUCCUCAUCAAGUCUGCACUGCUCUCGUGGAAGUCGCAAAAGUCGAUCUCUGCGGCGGUGUUCAAGAUCAUGAUCAACUUUCUGCAGACAGUGGCGUUUUUGGGCGACUUUCGAACGCGAUGGCCAAACACGCUACGGGUGCUGUUUGGCAUGGCGUCGUCGUCGAACGGAUUCUCGACACGGUUCUUCUCGAUCCAGUGCGCGUUUGGGUGGAGCUUCUUUGACUCGGUCCUGGUGGCCAUGCUUGUGCCUCUGUUUGUGGUUACGGUCCCGACCGCGCUCCUCUGUGGCAACUACUACGUCCGCAAGUGUGUUGGCUCACUGAAGACCAAGCGGUGGAAAGUGUUCUCGCGGCGGAUCUGGGUCUCUGUCCUAGUGCUUAUUUUCUUCACCCACCCCUCAGUGACGUCCACGGUGCUGGAGGUCUUUGCCUGCCGCAAUAUCGACGGUGUGGCGUAUCUUGCUGCCGACAUGUCGCUUGCGUGCUACACGGCGUCGCAUGUGCGGUGGAUGAUUGCCGCAGGCGUUUUCUUUGUGGUGUACGUGGUGGGCGUGCCGGUUGGCGGUGUGUUUCUCCUCUGGCGACAGCGUGAGGUUCUGCACACGGCCGAGGGCCGGCGGCGGUACGCGUUCCUGGUCUCCGGAUUUCUGCCGAACCGGUACUACUGGGAGAUGGUCAUUCUUGUGCGCAAGUCUGCCAUCAUCACCAUCAAGGUCUUGCUCAAGACUAAUCCUGUGGCGCAGGUGUAUGCGGCGGUGUGGGUGGUGGCGCUGGCGCUGUUUGUCCACAUGAAGGCCUCGCCGUUUGCGUUUUCGAUUUUGACCUCGAUGGAGAUGCUCUCGCUCGUCGUCACCUUUGUCAUCCUCAUGGCCUCGCAGCUUUACUACGCCGACGAGCUUGGAGGGUCUGACACCGUGGUAGUCAACUCACCGUUCCACUCGGUCCUCACGAUCUUCCUUGUUCUGCUCCUUCUCGGCUCAACCGGGUACAUGCUCGCGGUUGCGGCGCGACAGAAGCUUCGCAAGAUGCGCCACAAGCUGCCGCGGGUUGUAUGGUGGAUCUGUCGGCUCGAUGGGGUGAGCGUGGCGGCGAACCGGGCCGAGGCGCAGUCUGCGGCGGGCGCAGUAGCCAUCAAAAAGGCCGUUGCCAUGGCGGAUCUCACAUACUCGGAGUACGACGAUGACAUCAUCCGUGCUGGCGCUGUGGGCGUCGGGGCGCUCGAGCAGGUUGAGUGGCUCGGGUAG